GGCGCGGGAGGGGCGCGGGGCCGGGGCCGCGCCGGGCUGAGCCGCGCGCGGGGCCGGCGGGAGGAUGGGCUGUGGAGGCAGCCGCGCCGAUGCCAUCGAACCCCGCUACUACGAGAGCUGGACCCGGGAGACCGAGUCCACUUGGCUCACCUACACCGACUCGGACGCGCUGCCCAGCGCCGCCGCGCCCGACCCGGGCCCCGAGGCGGGCGGCCUGCACGCGGGUGUGCUAGAAGAUGGACUGGCCUCCAAUGGGGCACCCCGCUCUGCAAUCUCCAACCCAGAAAAGAAGAUAAGCUGUGGAACACAGUGUUCCCACCCACAGAGCCUGGCCUCAGGCCUCCGGACCGCAGAGGCUAAAAGAGAUGCUAAGCAAAUGCUUACAGAAGAAGCCAGUACGAGUAUCGCUGCCACCAUCCGACCAGUGGACAGGAAUCAUAGGCUUGUCAAGAAUUGUGUCGACUAGCAGCAUGUUGGAUAAGAAGAACAUACACAUGGCUGGGGUGCCUCUCAUGUAAUGGAGCCCAUCGAGGACUCAUCAAGCAGAGGAGGACUCUUCUGGGAGAGUUUCUAUAAGGGCAUCUUCCCCAGCAGCCAGAGAAGCUGGCACUGCAGGGCUGUCUCAGUCUCACACACCCAGUAAAUAUGCCAUCACAGCCCUCGCCUUGGGUAUCAAACUGCAAAGGAAUCACAGAGUAGCCUCUUUGCAACUCCAGCACCCACAUCCAGGGUGAAUAUAGGGCUCAAAGCUUGGGCCAGUUUGGGACAAGUAGGAGAAAAUUCUUGGGUCCUGGAUACACGUACACACAUCAAUUCUCCACCCUCACAGCUGGACAGGGAGCACUGGUUCAGGUUUGGUCACUCUUCUUGUUCUUUCUUUUUUGAAAAAUCUCCUACU